GGUGGUGGGCGGAGACACAAGGGCCACGCCUCCCGAAUGAUACCAUCCCUAUUGGCUACAUGGAGCGCCAAGCCCGGUCCAAAGGUGCUGGCAGUGUGCCCUGCAGCUGCAAGCAUGGCCUCUCCACGGGCCCGAGCCCCCCCGCCGGAGAUACCAGAGCAGAACUGCAGGUACCGUGAGGUUCAGUACUGGGACCAGCGCUACCGGAAUGCGGCUGACUCUGCCCCCUACGAGUGGUUCGGGGACUUCGCCUCCUUCCGUGCCCUCCUGGAGCCUGAGCUGCGGCCCGAAGACCGUAUCCUCGUGCUAGGCUGUGGGAACAGUGCCCUGAGCUACGAGCUGUUCCUUGGAGGCUUCCCUGAUGUGACCAGUGUGGACUACUCAUCAGUAGUGGUGGCUGCGAUGCAGGCUCAAUAUGCGCAUGUGCCCACACUGCGCUGGGAGACCAUGGAUGUGCGGGCACUGGACUUCCCCAGUGGCUCCUUCGAAGUGGUGCUCGAGAAGGGCAUGCUGGAUGCCCUGUUAGCUGGAGAACAGGAUCCCUGGAAUGUGUCUUCUGAAGGUGUCCACACCGUGGACCAGGUGCUAAGUGAGGUGAGCCGGGUGCUGGUCCAUGGAGGCCGUUUCAUCUCAUUGACCUCAGCUGCUCCCCACUUUCGGAUCAGACACUAUGCCCAAGCCCGAUAUGGCUGGUCCCUGAGGCAUGCAACCUAUGGCAACGGUUUCCACUUCCAUCUUUACAUCAUGCAGAAGGGCAGAGAGCUCACUAUAGCCCAGCUGGCUGUUGGGACCCAGGUCCUCUCACCACCUAGACCUCCCACCACACCUUGCUUCCUCCGGGACUCAGAUCACGAGGACUUCCUCAAUGCCAUUCAGCUGUGAGGCCAGAGGCAUGGUCCUCUGGCCCUCCCUGUCUUUCUGCCCUGGAUUCUUCAAGUACUUGUAAUUCCUGA